CACUCCUGUGUUGAAUACUUCAAACUGCUCACAUCCAGAUUCCUUCUAGUGAUCAGUCAGUCCACUUCAGUCACUCAUGCGACGCGGCCUGAAAUCUCCGCCAUGAAGACAAGCUGGGUUCACGUAGCGCUCGCAGCUGUAUCUUUUGGACCUCAGAUCAUUGCCACUGCGACGUUCAAUGGUCUUGAAUUACCUUGGCCAACGAGAGAUCUAGAAUGGAAAGACGUCAAUGUGCUCAGUAUAUCGGAUAGUCACGGUUGGCUGUUAGGACACCAGCACUCCACAUGGCCUGAGCCAAAUUACUCCGGCGACUACGGCGCUCUCGCAAGCUUCAUCACCCAUAUGCGAGCCAUAGCCAGGGAGAAAGGCGUAGAUCUUCUUGUAGUAGACGCGGGAGACCAUCACGAUGGUUCUGGACUCGUUUCGUCAUCUAAAGAUGGAGCUACCAAGACGGAUGAAAUCUUCUCAAUGAUCCAUUUCGACGUCCUCGCUAUCGGCAAUCACGAGUUGUACGAGUAUGGUCCUGCAAAAGAGGUGUACGAUCACCAGGACAGGUAUCACGGGAGAUACAUCACGAGUAAUACCAACAUUACUGUAGAGAAAGACGGUGAAUGGGUAUCGAAACCUAUAGGAGAGCGAUACGUAAAAUUCCGUACAGAAACCGGGAGACAAGUGACGGCUUUUGGAGUCAUAUUCAACUCGCAGGGGGCGAACCUGACCAUUCAACCACCUUCCGCAAUGGUGAAAGAGCAAUGGUUCCUUGAGGCGAUCGAAAGCCCCCCAGACUACUUUUUGCUUGUAGGGCAUAUGCCUGUCCGGAACGAUCCCUCGGCUCAGUGGCAUUCCGUCUUCAAGGCUAUACGCAAGAAGCAUCCCCACAUACCUAUUCUCAUUUUUGGGGGCCACGAUCAUACGCGGGAUUGUCGACAAUACGAUGAUCACUCCAUAGCGGUGGUUCCUGGUCGAUAUUUGGAGACUGUGGCUUUCACCUCCACCUCAUUGCCGGACGCCAAGGAUCCUUCCUUACCCCUCAACUUGGCAAGAAGAUUUAUCGAUGCCAACCGUCAUUCAUAUAUGUACCACACGCGCACGACGCCAGAGACAUUCGAUACGACUCUCGGACACCGCAUCUCCACGUAUCUUCUGGAUCUCGCGUCCUCACUCAAUAUCUCUGACUCCCUAGGAACCGCACCACACGACCUGUUCCUAAGCCGUGUUCCGGCUGGUCAUCCUAACCAUGUCAACACGGUUUGGACAGAGCAGGUCAUACCGACAGUUCUGAGGGAUCCCAAACGAAUUGGCAAAAAGGUCGUCAUGAUGAACGCGGGGAGUCUGCGGUUCGACUUGUUCCGAGGAGAAUUUAAUAGGAACGACGAGCUCACCAUAUCACCGUUUGCCUCUGCAUUUGCCUACACGCGAAUGAAAGCGGGUCUAGCGAGACAAAUAACACUCCAGAUGAAUCUUAAUGGAGCGACAAAGUUUGCACCGUUUUCGAUGGACACCAUUGGCCGGACCGUCAAAGAAGAGGAUCAGAGAGUUGAGCGGAUCUAUCGAAAGAAUCUGCGGGAUCAAUGGGUCGAGUUCGAGAUGCGCUCUGCCUCAGGCCCUCUCAAGUUAUCGGAACAGAUGCCGUUCUCGAGUGCUGUAUCCAAGGGUCUCACCAUGGGAUACGUGACACGCGACUCGUGUCCUGGUAUAGGGGAUGACGUCGAGCAUAUACCUGUACCGUACUCCAAUGCUCAAGUCGAUUUCAUCCAGUCGCCUUUCCCUGAUGCUCACGAUGAUGAGUUGGUCGACGUCGUCGUGAUGGACUUUACACUGGAUGAUUUCUUCAUCGCUGUGAAGAUGCUCGAUCCCCUUUCGAAUCUCGGUUUUGAAGAUAUGAAGCCUUACGCAGAAGGAAUUAGCGUGAACGUCAUGUGGGGAUUGUAUGCUUCCCAGGCAUGGCAGGGCUGAGUAUAUAGACGUAUUGGGUACAUUGUAUUUAGUUUCGGAUGCUUUAGACCUAGAUCAUCCGCAUAGGAUACCUGUUGUACAACCCCGCAUACCUCUUGCAUGAAUCAUGACCUCGACACUCGUUGCAUUUCAUGCAAUUAGUCCUUGACGGUUCUGAGCCAACGGCACCCUGGCUAACCCUGACUUUGCCCUUGGUUCUGACCUUGUACCCUCUGG